GUUUGUUUUGGCUAGUGCCAUCCAGACCGUGUUGUCAUGGGGACAUUCCUUUGCCGCCUUUAGACCUCGCAGGCUCAAUGUGCCUGAGUCUCAUGCGCUGGAACCGUCAGCUCUGCAGGGGCAUUCUGCGUGCGGGGCGGCCGAGUGGGCAAGUACGAACCAUGGCGGAGCAGAGCAAUGACACUGUCUCCGGGAGCAGAGAAAGGGCGUCAGAUGGGACCGUGACCGCUGGGAUCAUCGUUAUCGGGGAUGAGAUCCUAAAGGGCUACACCCAAGACACAAACUCGUUCUACAUGUGUAAGAAGCUUCGGUCGCUGGGUGUGACGGUGGCCAAGAUCUCCGUGGUUCCUGACGAGGUGGGCGCCAUCGCCGACGAGAUCUCGUCUUUCGCCCGCAGCUUCACCUACGUCCUGACGUCGGGGGGGAUCGGCCCCACCCAUGAUGACGUGACCUUUGAGGCGGUGGCCCAGGCCUUCGGGGAGAAAGUCUUCCCCCACCCGGAAAUGGUCAAGCUGGUGAAUCGGUUCUUUGGCAAGUCGGAUGCCGGGUGCCCUGAGAUGAAGCUGGCCCGCAUCCCUGUGUCAUCGCUGCUCAACUACGGCAUGGACAAGGAGACGGGCCGCCUCUUCACCUACCCCCUCAUCAGCGUCCGUAACGUCUACGUCUUCCCAGGCAUUCCAUCACUGAUGCAACGGGCCCUGGAGGGCCUGGGCCACCUCUUCCGCAAUGAGAAGACCCACUUCUGCUCGCAGGAGAUCUAUGUCAAUGCGGAAGAAGUCCUCAUCGCUCCUGUGCUGGACCAGGCCAACGCCAAUUUCCGGCGCCGCACAAGCCUGGGCUCCUACCCUGAUUGGGUCAGCAACUACUUCCGGGUCAAGCUGACCCUCGACUCGGACUCGGAGGCGGAUUUGGAGGAGGCGACUUCCUUCCUGAUGAAGAAUUUGCCCAAGGGGGUUGUCGUGCCCCUAGUAGUUGAUCCUGUUGCCCGGGCAGCCGCAGACGUGUAUGCCCUGGCCGAGUCCGGUUCCCCUCUUGGCCAGAAGGUGGCAGCAGCCAUCCGCACCAUCGAGGAAGCCCUGGACCGAUACAUCCUGUCGAAGGCUUGCGUGGGGUUCAACGGCGGGAAAGACUGCACGGCCUUGUUGCACCUCUUCCAUGCCGCUGUUCAGAGGCGGUACCCAGAGAGAACAGAGAAGCUGCAAGCCCUCUACAUCCACACUGUGUCCCCGUUUCCCGAGGUGGAGGAGUUUAUCAAAGACACGGCUCAGCGGUAUAACCUCCACGUCUGUGAUGUCCAUGGGAAUAUAAAAGAGGCCCUGGGUGGCCUCAAAACCCAGCACCCGGAACUUGAGGCGGUGUUGAUGGGCACCCGCCGCACCGAUCCUUACUCCUGCACGUUGACGCCGUUCUGCAUGACAGACCCUGACUGGCCCCAGUACAUGAGAGUUAACCCUCUCCUGGACUGGACGUAUCGAGAUAUAUGGAGCUUCCUUCGCACCUUAUAUAUCCCCUACUGCAUUCUUUACGACAAGGGCUACACUUCGCUCGGCAGCAUGAGCAACACACAGAAGAACCCGGCCCUGUGCUACACGGACGCCCGAGGACGGGAAUGCUACCGGCCAGCCUAUGAGCUAGAAAAUGAAGAGGACGAGCGAAACUCCCGCCAUUGAAUCCUGGCUAGGCCUGAAGCCUGUUGCCCUAGCAACCGUUGGCUGGCCCUGCAGAGCCUAACUCGGUUAAGGCCAGGCCUGCUUCAGCUGAGGCGAAACAGAGCAGUGCCUCCACCAGUGGGACACUGUGCCAUACAGCGGCCUUUCCAGCCCCAUUGGCACCCUGCGGAGUUGCCACACACAUACGUGUUAUGGUACAGCCCUGUCCCUGUGACAGUUAGUGGUCAGCCGUAAACAUCCUUCCCUGCGUCGUGUGAGAAAGCGAAAAUAAACCCAGUUAAUUCC